AUGGCACUUCAAACCCCUACUGCAAUUCUCAUUAUCCACGGAGGCUACUUCCUCCCCGCAGCCUGGGAUGCUUUUAACGACCAGCUCACCAAAGCAGGGCUCGUUGUCCGCUGCCCACGGCUCCCGACAUGUGGCGACGAAAGCCCCCCAACAGCCACGCUGAAGGAGGAUGUCAUCGUAGUUCGCUCAGCAGCCAAAGGUCUCAUCGAUGCUGGGCACAACAUAAUUGUUCUAGCCCAUUCGUAUGGCGGCAUCGUUGCAUCAGAAGCACUCACGUUAGACCUAUACGCCAAUGAAGUCACCAAGGGCAUUGUUUACCUCAUUUUAUUGAGUGCGUGGCUCGUGCAGCCGGGCGACACGCUUGGAGACUUGAUUGGGAAAUACGGGUUCCAAUGCAAAGCCGAUCUAGGCAACAGCGGGGGUGGCACAGUCUUUGUUAAGAACGCAGCCGAGGCAUUUUUCAACGACAUCGAUUUUGCGACUGCGGAGAAGUUGGCUGAGGGCAAUGUCACGCAUAAUUGGAUUGCUGCAUCGGCGAAGGUGACUGGCGCACCGUGGAAGCAUCUACCGACGACUUAUGUUCAUUGCACUCGGGACUUGGCUAUUAUGCUAUCUCUUCAGAAAAGUAUGGUUCAAGACGGUAUAAAUGCGCGGGGAGCAUCGAACUUUGUGACAGAGACUAUUGAUUCGGGACACUGUCCAUUCUUGAGCAAGCCAAAUGAGCUGAUUUCGAUUGUCAUGGCACUUGUUGGUGGAGCCUGA